AUGACUUACUGAUGUCACAGGUGCUGGCCUUGCCACUGCAGCACCAGGCUCACCUUGGACACCAGGAUUCCUUUCUGUCAUCUGUAAAACACAGUGCCUAGGGGCCUUUAAUUCGCCUGCUCCAGGCUCUCUGGGCAUAAUGGUUUGAAUUCCUGGAAGCUGAACCCACGCUUGUACUUUCUUUUUCCUCGCCAUCCUGGGCCACCUCCUUCUCUCCCUCAGUCUCAGCACCCUGGCAGGCAUCAGAGUGACCUACCUGGACCCACAGUGUGCCCAGGUGCCACCUCUCUCCCCAGCUGAUCGUUUGACUGUAAUUUUUAGAGAAGAGCAGUGAAGGCUUAAGAUAGCAGUAGCGCUACCCGCUUCGUGAUCUGCAUAAACGAGGGCCAAGGCUCAACUCCAGGUCGGUGCCCGGAAGAAUUACUCGGUGCUUACUGUGUGCCACGUGUUGGAGAUCCCCUAGGAAGAGCUUUACUUGGCAACUUCCCGUAAACGUCCCAGGGAUGAGCUGGGGAGAGCGAACACUCACUGUUUGGGAUUGCUGAUAAUAAAUCAGCCGCACAGCUGCUCUCUUCUCACGUACGUCUGGCCCUUGCAUGGUCAAACUGACACUCCCUGAAGGUCUCCAGAAGGCUCUGAAGCCAGAUAUGGAGCCCUGGGAAGUAUAAAGCCUGCUCACCCUUCAGGCUGUUCUUCCCUUGACAACGAUGGAGGCUGUGAGAAGGCUCGUCCUCUUGGUCCUUUUAAUUGUGCCAUGUUUGGCAGAGUUGAAUUGGACCAAGUCUGAAGGCAAAUCAAGCUGCCAGGCCAGCUUGGGAGGCUCCAGCCAAUCAGAUACCCACAGGGCCCUAAUCCUGCAACUCAAUCCCAACGAGGACUGUACCUGGACACUAGAAGGACCAGAAAACAAAAACAUCAGAAUCAUCUUUUCCCAUUUCCAGCUUGAUCCUGAUGGAAGGUGUGAAAGUGAAUACAUUAAAGUUUUUGAUGGAAACUCUACCAAGGGGUCUCUGCUAGGGCAAGUCUGCAGUAAACAUGACUACAUUCCUGUUUUUGAAUCAUCCAAUUCAUUAACGGUUCAAAUCAUCACCGACUCUGUAAGAGUUCAAAGAACUGUGUUCAUCUUCUACUACUUCUUCCCUUCUGGCACCUCUAUUCCAAACUGUGGUGAUUACUUGGACUCCUUAGAAGGAUCUUUCACCAGCCCCAAUUACCCAAACCCACAUCCUAAGCUGGCUUAUUGCAUAUGGCACAUCCAAGUGGAGAAAGGUUACAAGAUAAAAUUAAACUUCAGAGACAUUUUCUUAGAAGCGGACGAACACUGCAGAUUUGAUUUCAUUGCCGUCUAUGAUGGUCCCUCCACCACCACUGGCCUGAUUGGACAAGUGUGUGGCCAUGUGAGGCCCACCUUCGAAUCCUCGUCAGACUCAUUGACCGUGGUGCUAUCGACAGAUUACGCCAACUCCUACCGGGGCUUUUCUGCUUCCUACACUUCAAUUUAUGCAGAAAAUAUCAACACUACAUCUUUAACCUGCUCCUCCGACAAGAUGAGAGCCAUCAUAAGUAAAUCCUACCUGGAAUCAUUUGUAUACAAUGUGAAUAACAUACAACUGAAUGACCCAACUUGCAGACCAAAAAUAUCAAACGUGGUGGAAUUUUCUAUCCCUCUUGAUGGAUGUGGGACAAUCAAAAAGGUAGAAGAUCAUUCAGUUACUUACACCAAUAUAAUCACUCUUACUCCAUCCCCCACGUCUCAAGUGAUCACCCGUCAGAAACAUCUGCAGAUUAUUCUGAAGUGUGAAAUGGAAUCUGAUUCUACCGUGGAGAUGAUGUACAUGACAGAAGAUGACAUAAUACAAAAUCAAAGCGCACUGGGCAAAUAUAACACAAGCAUGGCUCUUUUUGAAUCCAGUUCAUUUGAACAGCCUUUCCUGGAGUCACCAUAUUAUGUGGAUUUGAACCAAACACUUUUUGUGCAAGUCAGUCUGCACGCCUCAGAUCCAGAUUUGGUGGUGUUUCUGGAUACCUGUAGCGCCUCCCCCACGCCUGCCUUUACAUCUCCAACCUAUGAGCUAAUCAAGAGUGGAUGUAAUCAAGAUGAGACUUGUAAGAUGUAUCCCUUAUCUGGACACUAUGGAAGAUUCCAAUUUAAUGCCUUUAAAUUCUUGAGAAGUCUGGGCUCCGUAUAUCUGCAGUGUAAGAUUUUGAUAUGUGAUCAUAGUGACCCUCAGUCUCGCUGCAACCAGGGCUGUGUCUCUCGAAGGAAACGAGACAUUUCUUCAUACAAAUGGAAGACUGAUUCUGUCAUAGGACCUAUUCGUCUGAAAAGGGAUCGAAGUGCAAGUGGAAAUCCAGGAUUUCAGGAUCAAAUACACAGAGAAGAAACUCAGAAUCAACCUUUCGACAGUCUGCAUCUGUUUUCAUUCAUGGUCCUUGCUCUGAAUGUCGUGAUUCUGGUGGUGAUCAUAGCGAGGCAUUUUGUGAAUCAGGGAACAGACUACAGAUACCAGAAGCUUCAGAAUAUUAACUAACCGGUUCAGCCUUCAGUGAGACACAUUUCUCCCGAAUGCCAAAGGAAAUGCUGCCUCAUGGCUACACAUUAUGAAUAAAUUAGGGAGAACCCCAUAAAAAUGACACACAGGUCCUGCUGUCACCAUGUUCAGAGUGUGCUGUCUUGCAGGGGUGAUUGAAAUGAACAAACAUUAUGUCCGUGCUAAAGAACUGAAGCCACCAACAUAUUAAAUGAAUUAGAAAUGUCCUUUGUCACAAGCGUGAAACAUUCUCAGUAAACAUUAGGUGAAAAGAAGAAGGUUGUUUUUACUUAAAUCUUCAACAUUAGAUGUAUUGGUUUCCUAGAUGCAAAUAGGCUACCUUUUGAAACAUAUACAAGGGUUAUAGUUGCUGAAACUAAGUGUGAUGGAGAGAAUUGCCAUCUUGUUUAUUCACUAUAAUGCAGAGCUUUAGCAUUUUACAACUUACAUCUCAGAAAGGGCUUUGGAAAGAAGAAAGCUAUUUCAUGAUCUAAGAACAGGGAAGAAGAACCUGACUAUAAAAGGAGAGCCUUCUGUAUAGUUUCUAGGUUAAUGAAUGAAAACAACAAUUCUCCUCCCAUUUACCAUCAAACACCAAAGCCAAAUGUAAUCCUAACAAGGAGUAGUCCGUUCUGACUGGCACUUUCCUAUCUACGGUAUCAAGGGCCUCGAUGGGCACUAAUCUUACCCAUACCAAACAUCAUAUUGAAUUCUUUGUCUUAGAUGGACAAUACAACUCUACCCCAUCACCCAACACCACCACGGAUGUAUAUCAGGUUCUGAUAUAUGAGGCAACCACAUUUCUGAAUGCCCAAGAAUGUCCCAGAUGCAUGGAUUGGCUACACAGUGUGCCCAGGGAGUAUGCCACGAGUAAGACAGCAUCUCUGCCCUCAUCAGACAAGUUGUUAGGGGCCUGCUGGCUUUCCAGCUCCAAAUGAAAACAGAUCUUCCCCAUUUUCUUUUCAAUAUUUCCAUGUGGAUCUUCCAAGCACUUGCCCCAAGUGGCCAUGCAGUUGAGUCCCCUCCCUAUUCAUCUGUAUGACUAAAGGGAGCUACUGCAAAGCUCUUCUCUAACCGAACGUGAAAGCACUUAAGAACGUAAUUAGAAUGGGCAAAUCAAAUUCAGUCGACAGCAUUUAAAAACUGCCUGGUCCCUGGCCCACCCGCCGUCUUUCUGCCAGGAGCUGGCUGAGCCUGUGCGGGCGGCCGGGCGUGGGGGCUGCUCAGAGGCACGCCAGGCACGACAGUGUAACACCAAGAAGACUGUCACAUAGUGUGGCUCAGGAGACAGUGUAAAACUACAUCACCAUGAGUCAGAAAACCCUUCGCAGUGCAGCUAUCGAGUUAUACCAAUGCAUCGGAGCUAUCAAAUAAUACA